AUGUCCAUCUACGCAUCCGCACUUGAUCGAGUUGCUGAGAUUUUGUCAAGGCCACCAGCUCAGCGGAUGGAGACGGAAACAAAAGAAGUGGCAAGUUGGUUACAAAGAAAGGUCAAAGCUUUUGAAUGUGUGCCUGUGGGUGUUUUAAUGAAGCUGGUUGAAGAAUGUGGAUCAGAGUGGCGCUGUGCCAAUGAACUAAUUAUCCGCGAAGGAGACAUUGGAACCUGCCAGUUGGCUCGGUGGUUAGGGCGCGAAUUCACUGACCAGAAAGUCCGUGGUUCGAACCCGGCUUCUGACUGUCGACUUCCCCUGUCUAGGCUUGGGCAACCGGGCAGUAUCCCAGCCCUCGAGAAGUACUGGACUCAAGUUUCGUUCUUAUUAGAGCUCACAGUAGCGCAUAUCCAAUGGCCGUGCCGGGAUUUGAACCCCGGAAAUCUGACAUACGAGGCGAGCGUUAUGUACAUCCUUCUGUCUGGAUCCGCGUCUGUCUAUCAACUAGGCGACCUGGAGGAAGAUGUGGACGACCGUCUGGGAGGAGCCACGUCUGCGGCUGAGACGUCGGAGAAGGGAGAUGCUUCCGCGCCGGUAAUCACCAUUGGGCAGAGAGGUAGCAUCGUGAAAGACACUACAGUUUUAGGACGAUGUGUGGGGCUCUUGCGUAGGCGCCGUCCCCGGGGUUUCUGUCAACUUAUGUUCUACUUGAAACCGAAUUGCACGAAAUUAGCGAAUAUACAGCAACUGAAUGUGCUGCACCAGGUCGCCUCAUGUUUCAGUCGCUACGAUAUUCGAGAUAUCGCGAUACAAUCCGGAGCUAUAUUCGGUGAAGUUGCGCUCAUUGAAGAGUGCCGCCGUAUCGCCAGUAUUGUAGCUAAUCCAAUUUCCAGGGAUCAAGAUGCAAAAUUGUCGACAGAAAUACCGAAAGAACGAAAAAAGGACGAUAAAGAAAAGACGGACCAAGUCAGUCCCUCAGCACAGGAAUUAGCUGUCCAACUAGUUGUCAUUCCUCGAGCACUCUACGAUAAAACGGUUCGUUCCAUCUUGGAGGCUCAGUUCCGUAUGCGAACCGACUUUGUGAAUCAAGUUCCUUAUUUUCGGCGCCUCAAUUCACGUUUAAAGGAACAAAUCAUUCUCUCGUUGGAGAUUCAAACUUUCGAAUAUGGAUGCGAAAUUUUUCGCGCGGGUUCGGAAUAUCGUGGUUUCUACUACAUUUUU